CUAGCCCCAGAAAGGUACCAAGGAAUCCACUACGCCCGCAAAUAACCGUCUGAAAUUGUGCUGUUCUGUGGCUGGCUAAACCCCAAAACCCUUUCAUCUUUGUUCACUGUCUGCUCCAAUUUGAAGCCCGUAUGCAUAUUUCAAUAUUACAGGCAUCCGCUAAUGAAGAUCUGAACCUUUUAUCAGUUUUAUGGUUACUGCUGUCUAUGCGUGCGAAAUUCUGAAUUUCUAAGGAGGAGCAUAAUUAAAAGAUGGCUCACAGACGAAGUAUAACAGCUAGAGCGAAGCUUUUCUACGAGCAACAACUGUUUGCCCAAAAAAUUCCCCACAUUUACUGUGACGAUGAUCGGAGAAAACCCGAAUCCAGCCCGAAAAAUCCUAUAAUUCUAAGCUAUCUUCAACGCUGGAACUCUGGAAAUAGAGUAAAGUGUGUUGGCGCCGCCUUAAUCCCAUGUCAAGAUCGGAAGUUUUGUCCUCCGCGGCUAAUGGGUCCCAUGAGUUUUGGCGUCCCUCUGGUGAGGAAUAUGUCUACGACCGGUGUAGGUGAGGGAAUGGAGAAGAUAGAGUACAUGUCUGAUGUUGCUGGAGUUCUGUCUGAUAAGGCUGUUGAAGCUGUGGCUUCUCAAGCUCCAGCAGUGGUGUCUGAAGUUGCAACUGCGGCUGCAGACUCAUUUUUUCCAGUGGCUGCCUUGCAAUAUUUGAUUGACUACGUUCACUUUUUUACUGGAUUUAAUUGGUGGGCAUCAAUUAUCUGCACAACUCUUUUAAUUAGAUGCUUAACUUUGCCAUUGAUGAUACAUCAGGUGAAAGCUAGUUCAAGGUUAUCUAUUUUGAAGCCAAAGUUGGAUGAGAUAAGAGAAGAGAUGCAAAAUAGGGGUAUGUCUCCUUCAGUUGUGCAUGAGGGUCGUAUGAAGAUGAAUGAGCUAUUCAUUGAACAUAAAGUUACACCCUUUACAGCAAUGAAGGGAAUUUUUAUACAAGGCCCUAUUUUUGUCAGCUUUUUCCUUGCCAUUAGUAACAUGGCAGAAAAAGUGCCUUCUUUUAAAGAGGGUGGUGCAUUCUGGUUUACUGAUUUGACAACUCCUGAUAGCAUGUACAUCUUUCCAGUUUUGGCUGCAUUGACAUUCUUGAUCACAGUUGAGUGUAAUGCACUAGAAGGGUUGGAAGGAAAUUCUUCAGCAUCAACCAUAAAAAAUGUUUCGAGGGGAUUUGCUGUGCUUACUGUUCCAUUUACUGCAAGUUUUCCAAAGGCACUAUUCUGUUACUGGGUUACCUCCAACCUUUUCUCACUCAUGUAUGGAAUGGUAAUUAAAAGGCCUCAAGUGAAGAAAUUCCUUGGUGUACCCAUAGUGCCCCCCGCACCCCAGAGUGGUGAUAAAAAACCAGGACUGCCAUUUUUUGAAGCACUGAAAAAGUUUGCGGCAGCCCAAGAAUAUGCAGCAAACCAAUCAGCUCAGAGUAUUUCACCACCACCAGUCGAAAAAUCCAAAACUGCAACGCAACAAAUAUCACCAUCUUCCUCUGUUCUUAGUCACAGGAUCAAAGUCUUGGAGAAAGAGGUGAAAGGAAGGAAGAAAGGGAAAAAGAGGCGAUAAUGUGCGUAAUCAAUUCAGAGAAAGGAAUUAUUUCAAUAUUUUUAUUUAUUGAACUUUGCAGUAUUGCAUUUUGGACCCGUAAAAGAGGCUGCAUUCUGUUCAAAAUGGCUGCAGUGACUACUCCCCAGUCCCCUGUACGCUAAAAAGUGUGAAUCUUUAACCCUCAGGAUGGAGUAGUAUAUACUAUACAGGAUUAAUAAGUUGGGUCGCAAGUAGCAACUCUCCAAUUGUUAGCAAAUUUUGUAGUAUCCAAGUUGUGGACAGGGUUUCUUUAU